CAUUUUUUCAUUGAUGAUAUUUCCCAUGUUUAUCAUCAUUAUAUAUAAUGAUAACACUACAAACAAACAAUUUUUACUAACAAAAAUGUGAUUGAUUGUGUUAUUAUUAUGAAAGAAAUUAUAAUAAUUCUGUUGUAGCGAACUAGAAACUGCUGUAAAGAAAAACUAUCUGCACAUAAACACACAAACACACACACAUUACCUAAAUCCAUUGUACAAACAAAAUCCAAUACAUUCUGUAAUAUAUAUGGGAUGAUAAAAAUUCGUGAUUCUCACUUGAUAUUUGAGAUCAUCAAAACCAGAAACAAGUUCCAUUAUUAUGAGAAUAUGGUGGCCACUAUUUUUCUCGUGAAUCAUAUCUGUCUAUAUGAAAUUAUUUUAACCAUACAAUCUCAUUCAUUCUUUAUAUAAAAGUCGAUUUUUUUCAUACUAAUAUGUUCUAAAUUCAUCUUCAAAUCACAAUGAUGAAACAGAAAAAAAUUAAAGAAUUUGAGACCGAAAUCAACAAUAUUCUUGUUCAAUUCAAGAAAGAUCCAGCUGUUCAAAAUGGAAUCGUACAUUUUAAUGAUUUAAUUGAACUAUCUUCAAUUCGUCGCCUGUUUCGGUCGAAAAAUCGUUCUGUUUUUACAUUAUUAAAAUAUUUGUUUUAUUUAUCCAGCGUAUGGAUAUUGUUGAAUAAUGGUCAUAAUAUUAUGCGAUUUUAUCGAUCAUAUUCACAAUCAAAAUGUUUGAUUCCAUUACCGGAUAUCUUACAAAAUGCAUUCGUUCCAGCUAAUGAAUGUAAUUUUUGUUUAAAUCUCACUCGAAUUGAUCGUGUUCAUUCCAUUACACCGGAAAUUUUUUCGAAAAGAUAUGCAUACACAAAAGUUCCUGUAGUGGUCAGUGAUGCCAUGGUGAAUUGGACGGCUACACACGUUUUUAAUUUUGAUUUUUUCAAACGACUUUAUCACGAUCAUGAUGGUGGACGGCGAAAACGAAAAAAUUGUCAAUUCUUUCCAUAUAGAACUGAAUUCCAUUCUUUAGAUGAAGUAUUCCGAAUGGAUCCUUUAAGAUCGAAUUUUACAAAAGGAACAAAACCUUGGUAUAUUGGCUGGAGUAAUUGUGAUUAUCGUAUUGCCAAUGAAAUACGUAGUCAUUAUAUGAAACCAUAUUUUCUUCCUGUGGAUUCAGAAUCAAUACGAACCGAUUGGAUAUUCAUGGGAACACCGGAUAAUGGUGCACAUAUGCAUAUUGAUCACGUUGGUCGUCCAUCAUGGCAAGCACAGAUUAAAGGUACUAAACGUUGGUUUCUAGAACCACCACUUGAAUGUUAUCCAGAAUGUUUGGAUUUAACAAUCGAUGUCAAACAAGGAGAUAUCAUUGUAUUAGACACCAAUAUAUGGUAUCAUAAAACAUUAAUUAUUGGCGAUGAAAUUAGCUUGACGAUUGGAGCUGAAUAUGAUUGAAUUGAUUUUUUUGUUUAUUUGGAUUUUUUUAACAUUACAUUCAUCAUUAGAUUAUUAUAGAAUUGUAUGCAUUUGUGUUGUUUUCAAUUGCAAACACAAACAUAUGUUUAAACUUUGAUUUGUUCCCUGCAUAUAUAAUUUUUUUGAGAAAUUUGAUCCAAAUCUAAAUGAUAAUCAUUCGUAAA